AAAAAAUAAAAAUAAAGAAAAUUAAAAAUAAAAUAAAAAAAGAAAAAUUUAUUUAAUGUUAAAGAAAAAAAUAUAUAACUUAGAAUAUUAUUUGUGAAAAAAAAAAAAUAAAAGAAUUUGAAAAAUGUGUGUAUAACUGUGCAAAAUAUAGAGCUAAAGCAAAAAAAUUAAGCCGAAUGCUUUGAAAAUUUAAAUAAUCUUAAGAGUUAUUAGUUUAAAUGUUAAAUGAAAUUUAUUGUGUAAUAAGUUUAAACUUACAAAUACAGUGAUUUUGUGUUUUUUAUUUGUGUUCUAUAACUACGUUAUUCAGGCUAUUUUCUAAUCAACUUUCAGUAUUAGGAAAAGCAAAAAGUUUGCACAGGAAAAAAGAAAAAAAAAAAAACAUACAAGAAAAGAAAACUCUAUGUAUUUGCUGUAACCCACAUUUUUUCGUUUUUUUUGCGAAAAAAUAAGAAAAAUAUGCAGCUACAACAUACAUACAACAACGUUGAACAAUAAAAAGCGAUGAUAUAAAUUGUUUAACAAAUAAUAUAUGGCAUAUUGAAAACAUUCAUAAAUACAACUUUAAAAUAUAACUAAAAAACACACACACACACACUUACAUACACAUGAAGGGUCAAAAAACAAAACGAUUCGCCCUCACAUCAGUGGAACCGCAAAAGCCAAAUAAAAAACAUGCACGAGGCUUCCAAAUCCAAAACGAUUAACUAACAACAGAAAAAGAAACAAACAAAACGACGACUACAAUGCGACACUAGAAUAAAAUGAACAGAUUUUUGUUAUUGUAAAAAUCCGAAAUUGAACAUUGGCCAAAAAUAUAAAUUGAACUAAAUGUUUUAACUUAUUCCAAAACAAAAGUAGCACCCACACCACACACAAAGGGACACAGAGACACUAAUAACUUGAAAACUGCAAGCACAACUAGCUCAAGAAUAGAAACAACAAACUAAAAAAAUACACAGGAAGUGGCUUGCAAGAAAGAGAAUAUAUUAGAAAAUAAGCAAAAAAACAAAAACGGAAAAGUAAAAGGAUAUAAAAGAAAAAAAGUUUUCAAUAAAUGGACUGUUGUGUAUCGUAAAUGAGCGAUGGCCAAAGUUUUAAAUUACACAAAGUAUCAUAAAAUAAAUGUAGCAGACCAUAGUCAUCAUCAUCGUCGUCGUCGUCAACAGCAGCAGCAGGAGCAGCAGCAACAACUACAACAACAGCAGCAAGAACAAAUAGAACAACCAACACAACAGCAACUAUCGCAACAAAAACUACAACUAAUAAAGCAGCAACAAAAACAACGACAAACUCAAAUAACCACAAAUCAAAGUAACAAUGACAACAAUAAUAAACACAGCCAUUUCAACUACAACAACAGCAGCAGCAACAACAACAACAAUGAAUUUAUCAACUAUAGAACAUUGCAACAACAUGUUGCUAAUGACCAACCGACACAUUUUCACAUUAACAACGCAAAUUUUCAACAGCUAACAUCCGUUUCCUCAUUUAGUAUUUUAAAAAAUCGAAAUUCAAAAAUCAAUAAAUCUCAUAAUGUUAACAGCAACAAAACAAACAACAAAACAUUUAUGCAUUCAUUAGGCCCACCAACAAAAACAACAAUAACAACACCACCUUCACUAUCUUCGCCAUUACCACCCUCAACAACAUGUUCCUCCUAUUCCUCUACUCCUUCGUCGUCAUUAACAACUUCUCCAACCUGUUCUACAGUAGCUUUUAAUUCUUCUACUCUAUCCAUUCCUUCAACUACUCCCCUUUCCUCAUCGUAUCUUAAUCUUUCCAACAACACAUACUCGACCUACUAUUCAACAUGUUGUGUCUUAACCUACAAUAUGUUUACGGCUUAUGCCGAAGCUGCAACAUUGCAACUGAAGCGCAAAACUCAAUUUAAUAAACUAUUACAUGUGAGUGGUCAUCCAGAUAUGCGUAGUAUUUGCUAUUUAAUUCUGAUGGCCUUCUUCUACUGGGGUGUCAUGAUACGAGCUGCUGUAGCCACAAACAUAACAACCACUACACAAACGCCACCAUCAACAACAACAACCAGUCAUGUGGCAGAGUUAAAUACCAAAACCAUGUUUUAUUCAAACUUAACAGCAGAGACCACCACCAUCCCCCACAACAGCUCCAUUGGCAUCAGGGCUGUUCAUGGUGAGGGCGGCGAUCCACCCCUGCCGUUGUUGGGUAACAGUAGUUUAAAGCUUCCCAUUUCAUUACUUACUUCUGAUGAUACUUUAACUAACUACCAGCGACGUUUGCUAAUGCGUCGUGAAGCCGCCAAUGUGCCUGAUUUUGAUGAAGAUGAUUCUAGCUAUCACGAUGAUGAACUUGAUGAAUAUGAGAUUUUAAUUAAUAAUAAAUCUGCUUUAGGUAAAUAUAUAGGAGCACCAUGUAACAAUUCGAAAUGUGAGUCCACUCUAUUGCAUGUCGUCUGUGAAAAGGAUACAAAUACAUGCGGCUGUGAAAAAAACUAUCCCGUACAACUGGGUUUAACCAGGGGAUGCGAUAAACCUAAAAAACUAGGUGAACAAUGUUUCUACGAUGAGACAUGCCAGUACAAUGAUGAAAAUUCCCUUUGUGUUCAGGUGCGUCAUAAUGCCAUGUGUCAGUGUGCGGGUGGUUUCCAUUCGGUUAGCUAUACAAAACCAACACGACGAGUAUUUUGUACUCAAGAUAUCGAUGAAUUAAAUUCGGAUUUACCAACACUGCUGGGCGUAUGUAUCGGCAUCGGUGUAUUGGCUGGUCUUAUCUGUAUGGUACUCCAUCUGUUUAGUAAAACAAAAUAUCCACGUCAUCGUAAUUUCGGUGAUGCAAAUUUACCGCCACCUAUAAUGUAUUCAAGUGAAACAGGUAUACCAUUGACAGUGCAAUCCGGUCGUCCCUCCUCACGUUCAAGUAUACGCUCUAGUGGCGGAUCAAUCGGUUCCUAUGGUAAUCGUCGUUCGUCAACGGGAGGCGUAGGCGGCAAUAAUAGUGCGACAGCUGGCUCCAAGGGUAUACUUGUCUCAACAUCACGCACAGGUUCUCGAAGACCAAGUCUAGCGUCGGUACACAGUACGAGUUCAUCCGUACGUAGCUAUAGUAUGAUGCGUUUCGAAAAGGAACAACAGCAGAAGGAAAUCCGCCAAGAGAUGAAACUACGUUUGGCUCGUCUGCAGCAACAUCAGCAUCAGCAACAACAUCAACAACAUUUGAGGGAAUAUAAACCACAAAUUAUUAUCGGCGAUACUGCUGUUUCCAUGCAACAUGGUGUUGCAUUGAGUCGCAUUACCAUGGCUACACCGAGUCCCAUAACACCCAAUUCAACGGAUGAGCUUUUACCAGCGGUCGAUGAAAGUCAAGAGUAUUUACCAAAAUCUGAUAUAAUCACAAAACCGCCAUAUGCAGAAUCGGUUGCUUCUGCUACCAUAAGUGCUAUAAAAAAUGUUGCUGCCUCUUCGGGUACGAAUCAAAAUAUGACCAGUACAACUAAUGCCGCUGCUAUUGCUUCUACGUCAACGUCUGCUACAGGUAUGGAUCUGGCUAGUGCUGCUGCUUAUAUUGGACCCUGCAGUUCUUCAAAUGAAGCGCUUUAAAUUAAUUUAAACAAAAAACAAACAGUAUUUAUACACAAAAACAAAUAUAUAAAAAUUAAUAAUAAAUAAAUGUUAAAUGCAAAUUAUCUUAGAAAUAAACAUAAGUUUAAAAAGCAAAACGUAUUACGUAUAGAAUAUGAAAAUUAUAAAAAAAUAUGCUAUUUUGCAUUUUAUAUUUGUAUAUAAUAAUAAACAAACAAAAAAAUCCCAUAAAAAUUUAAAAAAAAUAUAUAAAAAAUAUUUAGUGUAAUUAUUAUUGCAA